AUGAAAGAACAUAUCAUUGAUGCUUCAGGUCAAAACGGUUUACAGAUUCCCUUGCACGAGUUUGAUGUAUUUAUAGCCAUUAUAAUACUGUCAUCGUUUAAUACUCGUAAUUCUGAAAGAGACUACUGGUCAAAUGAUCCUCUGUUGGAAUGUGCUAUUGUAAAAUCAGCCAUGUCAAGAAAUCGUUUUUUAGAAAUAAAAACCGGUAUAAAAUAUUCGGAAAAAGAAGAAGAAAGCUCAACAGAUUUUGCAUGGCGAGUACGUACUCUUUUAAAAAUGUUUAAUUUUAACGUAAAGCGUUUCGGUUUUUUUCAAACUGCUAUCUCAGGGGAUGAAAUGAUGGUAAAGUUUUAUGGUCGAUUACGGUUUAAGCAAUACAUUCGUACUAAACCUGUCCGAUUUGGGAUAAAGUUGUGGGCAUUAUGCGGUUCUGACGGAUUCUUAUUUGAAUGCGACAUAUACUGCGGGAAGAAUGCAAAGACCGAUGGUGCCCUCAUCAAGUGCGCUUUGGGAAGUCGCGUAAUUUUGAAAUUAACUGAGCAAUUGCUUAUGACAACUUCCAGAAAAAAGAUAGAAGCUUAUCAUUUAUAUUUCGACAAUUAUUUUUCCAGUCCAGACCUACUCAUUCAUCUAAAAAAAGUAGGAUUAAAUGCAACUGGUGUUGUCCAAAAAAAUCGUGUGAAAGAAAAAAAUAGUUUAGAAAAAAAUCCAAAAAGAGGAUCGUUUAAAGUAAAACAUGAGAAAAACAGUGGCCUAAACUAUAUCACACUUAUGGACUCAAAAGAAGUUUCUCUCCUUUCCACUUGCGCUGGCAUUUCUCCAUUACAAGAUCGAAAACGUUACUCAAAAGAAAAAAAAUGUAGAGACGUAAUUGCCAUGCUGAGUGCAUUUUCAAAUUAUAAUAGUUACAUGGGUGGUGUGGAUCUCCAUGACCAGUAUUGCAGUUACUUGCUACCUUCUUUUAGAAGUAAAAAAUGGCCAUGGCCAGUACUAAUGCGAUUGAUUCAAUCGUCAAUUACUAAUGCUGUGAUACUACACAAUGCUGUUCAAAAAGAUGGAAAAAAACACCAGCAAAAGAUUUCGCAAUGA